AACGAUUGGUUGGUUAGGGUUUGGGGUGGCGAUCGAGAUUUCCGCGCGCUAGUUCGGGUGGUGAUGCCGGGGGCUCGGUGGCGUCCUCUCAGAGGAGCUCUCGGGGGUCGCCGGCUGGCCCGUUCGUCUGGCAGGGCUGGCGAUGCUACGCGGCGGGAGAGCAGCGAGGGAAAGCUGCUUGCUGAGCUGCAGGUGAAGCGGCGGCGGCGGCAGCAGCAGGGGCUUUGGGUCCAACGCCGGGACAAGAACGGCACCUCCUCUUGUUCCGGAGGAGAGAGCCGGCGUGGCUAGCCUGCUUCUCCAGGUGAAGGAAGCACAACAGGCAGAGGGGUACUUGUUAACACAGAAUGUCCAGGAAUGAUUUCUUUGGGUAUAAGAAAAGAAAUAGCUCGAUAUUAUAUGGUGUGGAUCAGGCAAAAGUUACUACGACAUCUUCAGUGUUCCAGAGAGAUACAAGCCAAAGUCACGUUGGAAACCCUGGAGAUGGCUUUCCACCAAACAAGCGGUACAAAAGUCACACUGCAACUGAACCCGAGGAAACGGAUGAUCCUUUUGAGGAUAAUGAUGAUUUUACAGCAGAUGAUUUGGAGGAGAUAGAUAUCAUUGCCUCCCAGGCAUUGACGCAGGAUGCUUCUUUAAAAGCAAAGGCGCUGAGAUCUGACCACAAUGCAGAGGUGUCUUUCCUUCCAAACAACACCUUCAAAACACUGGAUCAAAUUAAGCAAUGGAAUAUUCCCCCCAGAAUGGAGACGGCAUCUGUGGGCCAGUUUGGAAGUAUCAAAGAAGAAGCCCCAUCGAAAGAUAAAUUUAGACUUGAAACACUUCAAGCACAAUAUGAGGAAGCUACAGAAAAGGUUAGGGUGUUGUUGAUUUUUUAAAUAAUUUGUGGGGUUUAACGAAGGCAUCUCCUUCAACGUCUGCAGUGGUUAAGUUCUUCAUCCAAGCAAGGUUGUCCCUGUCAGAACCAGAUGGUCUGCUCAAGCAGUACAGUGGUGAUGGCAGUAGAUUUGGUGCAUCCUAGCAAAGCCC